UCCCUCCUCCCUCGGUGCCGGCUCGGUCUCGCCUCGGCCUCCCGUUCCCUCCUCCCCCUGCCCCGACUCGUCCCCGGCGCGACGGCCCUAUGGCGUACAGUCAAGGUGGCGGCAAGAAGAAAGUCUGCUACUACUACGACGGUGAUAUUGGAAACUAUUACUAUGGACAAGGGCAUCCAAUGAAACCUCAUAGGAUCCGAAUGACACACAACUUGCUCCUAAAUUAUGGCUUGUACAGAAAAAUGGAAAUUUACCGACCCCACAAAGCUACUGCUGAGGAAAUGACCAAGUACCAUAGUGAUGAAUACAUCAAAUUUCUCAGAUCAAUAAGGCCUGACAAUAUGUCUGAGUACAGCAAGCAGAUGCAAAGAUUUAAUGUUGGAGAAGAUUGUCCUGUAUUUGAUGGCCUGUUUGAGUUUUGUCAGCUAUCAACUGGAGGUUCUGUUGCUGGGGCGGUAAAACUGAACAGACAGCAGACAGACAUGGCUGUUAAUUGGGCUGGAGGACUUCACCAUGCCAAGAAGUCAGAGGCAUCUGGUUUUUGUUACGUCAAUGAUAUUGUGCUUGCCAUCCUUGAAUUACUGAAGUAUCACCAAAGAGUGUUGUAUAUUGAUAUUGAUAUCCAUCAUGGUGAUGGUGUUGAAGAAGCAUUUUAUACCACAGAUCGUGUCAUGACAGUAUCAUUCCAUAAGUAUGGUGAAUAUUUUCCAGGCACAGGGGACCUUAGGGACAUUGGUGCUGGGAAAGGCAAAUACUAUGCUGUCAACUUUCCAAUGAGGGAUGGUAUAGAUGAUGAAUCAUAUGGACAGAUAUUCAAACCAAUUAUAUCAAAAGUAAUGGAGAUGUACCAGCCCAGUGCUGUAGUAUUACAGUGUGGAGCAGAUUCAUUGUCUGGUGAUAGGUUGGGAUGCUUUAAUCUUACUGUUAAAGGUCAUGCAAAAUGUGUGGAAGUUGUAAAGACUUUCAACUUGCCAUUGCUGAUGUUAGGAGGAGGUGGAUAUACUAUUCGCAACGUUGCUCGAUGCUGGACAUAUGAAACUGCUGUUGCCUUAGAUUGUGAAAUUCCUAAUGAAUUACCUUACAAUGAUUACUUUGAGUAUUUUGGACCAGACUUCAAGCUCCAUAUUAGUCCAUCAAAUAUGACUAAUCAGAAUACUCCAGAAUAUAUGGAAAAGAUCAAGCAACGCUUAUUUGAAAACUUGCGCAUGUUACCUCAUGCACCUGGUGUACAGAUGCAGGCCAUUCCUGAAGAUGCUGUUCAUGAAGAUAGUGGAGAUGAGGAUGGAGAAGAUCCAGACAAACGCAUUUCAAUUCGAGCAUCUGAUAAGCGCAUUGCCUGUGAUGAAGAGUUUUCAGACUCUGAAGAUGAAGGGGAAGGCGGACGGCGAAAUGUUGCAGAUCACAAGAAAGGAGCAAAGAAAGCUAGGAUAGAGGAAGACAAAAAAGAGACAGAGGACAAAAAAGCAGAUGUUAAGGAGGAGGAUAAAUCCAAGGACAACAGUGGUGAAAAGGCAGACACCAAAGGAGCAAAAUCAGAACAGCUCAGCAAUCCUUGAACAAAAGAUAGCCUCACAUCAAUUGCAGAACAUAAUGCUAGAGUUGGAGAAUACCUAAAGGAAGAAGUUUUCAUAUUGAGAAAGACUGCUGAUUUCAUUUUUGUACUAUUUGGCAUGGACAGUAUUUAUUUUCAAACGGCUUUGUUCUGGUUUUUGGCAAGUUGUAUUGUGAGUUUUCUAAUUAUGAGGCAGAAAUUCCUUUCUUCACCAUGCUUUAUGUAAUAGUAUUUAAAAUGGAUGUGAGUUAUGUUAAAUGUCUAAACUGAUCUAUUAAAGUAAUUUGCCUUUCCUGA